CAAAGUGCCGAUUACCUGCUCUGGCUCUCUUUGGCCUUGCAGACUCUCCCAGGCCCGCCUUCUGCCAUGUCGUCUUCCAAGGGAAGGGGGGCCAAGAAGACGAAGCUGCCCCUGGCCACGCGGAAGGGACCUCUGGAGGUGCCGUCCCCCACCGAGAGGGACUGGUCGAAGGAGGAGGACGAGGGUUAUGUCUUCUGGGAUCCAGAUGAGGAGCAGGAUUCCCUGCCUCAGCCUUAUCGUAUGAUCAACAAACUGGUGAACUACCUGUUCGACCGGUCGUGGGAUGUGAUCCAACAGAGGGAUGUGCUGCAGGAAGCACAGCGCAGCCGGGUGCAGCCCACCACAUAUGCCCCCCAGGCUGAAAGCAAGCUCAGCAGUGCACCCACCUGUAUGGCCUUUUCCCAGGAGUAUUUGUUUGUCGGUGGAGCCAAAGGCUUCUCCAUCUAUAACCCGUUCAGUGGGAAACAGCUGUACGUGUGGGAGAAGCUGAAGGUGGAUGUCACUUCCAUCUGGACCAUGGACUUAGAUUCUGAAACUCUCCUUGUGCUUCUGGAUGAAACAGGCAUUGUCAGACUCUUCUACUUCUGCAGAGAAAGUCUUUACUUCAUCAAGACCAUCAAUGACAUUGCACUACGUUCAAAAGCCCCCUGGAAGUCUUCUCUCGGGUGGAGGACUGCAGCAGCCUGGGCUGGGGCCAGAACCACUACAUCAAGGAGACGCAGUGGGAACAGGAAGCUGCUAUGUUCAGUGCGGCCUACAAGGGCUACCUGUGUGCGGAGGGCGAGGACGAGCUGCUCAGCACGACGGCCACGUUCCACUUCCUCCUCUAUAGCAGUCUCAUCUCCCUGCCCUCGGAAGCCAGGAGCCCCGGGGGGGUGCCCUGUCUCCUCGGCCUGCACUGGACCGGGAGGCACAACUUCUUCUUCUUCUCGCUUAGCCGGACUCUGAAGGACAAGGCGGACCCUGAGGGUGUGUGGCCCUUCGCUGCCCCCAUCAC